AUGGGCCUUCGCCGAGGGCUCGAGUCCUCGGAAAAUGGCACUUCGGGUAUUUCCGAGCCAUCAUCGGAUUUCGAGGACUUGCGAACCCUCCUUGCACCUUCGAGAAAACGCGGGCUUGGAAGUCCCGAACGUCGCACCUUAGAGCGACGAGGGCUCGGAAGUCCCGAACAUCUGUAUUCGACGGCUCGAAAUUUUUCUCGAGGGCUCGGCACCUAUCUAAAAUCCGAGGGGUCGAAAUCGAUAUCCGGCGGAAGCUUAUAUUGA